AUGGAGCACAAAGUCAGUCUGGAAGAGCUCAUCCGCAAGGCUGGUGUCACGCGGGACAUCAUCCGACAGCCAUGUCUCCCAGCCCCGACUGAGUCGGCCGUCACAGCCAGCGAAGACGACCUCGCAGAAGCACGGACCCUUUUGCUGAACCGACGGGCGAAGAACCCAGAGCACAAGGAUGUUUUGAAACGAAUCUUCAGGAGCUCAAAAGAUAAGAAGGAAUCACAAGAUGCUCCACAGUUUACCCAGGAAGAAUUGGACCAAGCGCUGUCUGCAGUCCUCCGGGAACCCACCAUGAACCCCGGCCUCACCCAAGCCUUUCUCAGUCUUGGAGCCAACGUGAACUUCAUCGAAACACCCGAGAAGAAACGGAGACAGAGCAACCAGGCCAAUAGCAGCCUGCGCCGGAGGAGCACCGUGUUACAGCAAGCAGCUUCCCUUCGCAGACCAACAUGUGUCAGUUUGCUUGCUGGUUCUGGGGCCGACCAGACUACGUUGGAUGAGGGCCUGAAGGCAGCUCUUGCCUCAAACGACCAAGAAUGCAUCCAAGAACUACUGCGACAUGGUGGUGACCUGAACAAGUUCCCCACUGCGCUGGCGAACGCUGUGCGCACCAACGACCAGAACUAUGUUCGGACAUUGCUGCGAGCACCGAAAGCGCUACAAAGCAAGAUCAUAUCAUCGUGCCUGCCCGCUGCAGUUCAACAAAACUCUGAACCAAUUGUGUCGCUCCUGAUAGCUUAUGGGGCUGACCCAAAUUUCGACUCUUGCAGUGCCCUCAAUAUGGCCAUCGGCAAGCAAGACUACAGAUUGACUCUUGCGCUUGUGUCAGGUUCAAUCCCCUUGACUCAGUCGACCUUGCAGCGCCUGCUCGAUACCACGAUGCGACUCCCGACCUGCGAGGCACAGCUUCAAUUUCUUCAGGUCCUCCUCUGCUGUGGACUGCACCCCAAUAGCAUCGGCUUAGCCGACCUUCUAGUCUGCAGGACAAGGAAGAAUGAUACGGAUGGUGUUCUGAUGAUGCUGAGCUACGGAGUGCCGACAGCGGCGAAGGACGCUGAAUGCCUAAGGCUGGCCGUCUCCAACUCGAAUUGGACAUUGAUGGAUGCUAUCCUUAAGACUCCUAUCUCGCCGCAACAGGCUUCUGCUGCCCUAGCUGAAUUAUCCACAAACACGUUAGCUUCGGAACGACUUCAUGUUAUCCGCUCGCUCAUACACAAGGGUGCAACAGGGCCAUCGCUCGAAUACUGGCUUACGCGAGCAGUCGAGGAUGGUGAUACUCCUUUGAUGGAGUUCUUGCUAAGUGCCGGUGCACCUGUAGCAGCAAGCGACCGAAGUCCUCUGCUCACUGCUGUAGCAAGAAAAGACAAGAAGAGUUUGCAAAUGCUCCUCAACACACGUCCAUCACCAGAGAUUCUAUCAAAGGCCUUCACGCUACUACGAACUGGUCACACGGCAACUGAGCGAUUUGCAACGUCGCGACUGUUGCUCGAGCAUGGUGCACGAGGCCCUGAAGUCGACCAGGCUCUGGUAGACGCAGUUGCGGACACAUCGCCGACAAGGGACCCAGCUUUGAUCACCGAGCUCGUCCGACGGGGGGCUGAUGUCAAUCACGAUAAUGGGAAAGUGUUGCAGCUGGCUGUGUUACAGGUCGACUUAUCUCUGCUGCGCUUGCUGUGUAAUUCGAAGCCCACGUCAACCUCAGCCUCAGCAGCCCUCGCUCUAGCCUUUGACUCGAAUGGCAACAGACAUGGCCGCACGGCAGAUAUCAUAGACCUGUUGCUGGCCUAUGGCAUUGAUGAGAAGUCAGCAUUGCAAGCUUUACAUAUUGCUAUCAGUGGUGGGCCCGAGAACAUCGAUAUCAUCAAGCAGCUCAUCACAGCGCAACAUCAGACUUAUCCCGCACGGAAGACGCCUAUACUUGAUGUCCUACUGAAGAUGGGAGUGGGCCAGGAGACACUCGACGAAGCGCUCGCAGCCGAGUCUCGACACGCCGUUGUCAAUCAAAAUACCACGAGUACUAAAAUGCUCGUGGAAAAGGGCGCUUCUUCAGCAGUCGAUUCGGCCUUGCGUGUUGCCCUAUCGAAGCCAUUGUAUGACAGUGAGCUCGAAUCACUGGUGGACUUGCUACUUCAACACCAUGCCAACGUCAACGUAGCGGACGGUGCAUGCUUUGUUUUUGCCGCUCAAAAGCAUGAUCAUACUGUCUUCGAAAAGCUUAUGCUUCAUAAACCUACUUUUGGUGUUGUUGUUCCAGCGUUAAUUCGUUCUAAAAUGCAAGAAGAGUCGCUUGUGAUCGCAGUCAAGUCAUGUUUUGCACACGGGUGCUCAUCUGAAGACCUCGAAAGGGAUUCUUCUGUCAGUUCCAAACUGCCUGUUCUGAUCAUGGCUAUGCAGUCCUAUCCACGAUGCGAGGCACUAGUCAAAGUCCUUCUCGAUCAUGGCUGCAAUCCCGACGUUUCCGCCCGAGACAUUGUAGACGCCACAGUGGGCGAGGAGACGGUGUCUGCGCUUCUGUGGGCGCUGAACCAAGAACAGAAGCGCAUCUCGGGUUCGGUCAUCACGGCACUUGUAAAAGCCGGGGCUUCUACGACUAGUCUCUCGUCCACUUCAGAAAUCUCGCCCAUUUCACUAGCUGCUCGGAACGGGCGGAGUGACAUCGUCCAAGGCCUACUGGAUGCGGGGGCGGACGCCUCUGUGCGGGACAAGUUUAACCGCUCAGCGCUAUUCUACGCUAGUGGUGGCUCGAACAUCUUUACUGUGGAAGCACUAGCUCCUCAUGCGCUCAAGAAUGAUGGCAGUCUUCAUGAAGCAGCGAGGUGUUUGCGGCUUGACGUCGUUGUGAUCUUGGUGAAGCAUGGACACAACCCGCUCUUCAAAGUCCGCAACGACAAGGCCGCAAUCAUACUCGCUCUCGACAACGCAUACAGUGCCGUAGACAUCCUAGAGGCACUCCUUGAAACCGAAAUAUGGGAAAAUAUCAACGACGACAAGCACAUGUACCGCGACCCCAACGGCCUCUGGUACUCCCCCCUCAGCUACGUCGACCUCAUCCCCUCCCCCAGCCGCGCCCAAAUCAAGCAAGAUCUCAUCGACCUCCUUCGCGACAAAGCCUGCAUCCCUCGCUUCUACUCGGAAACCGCCCUGCAGCCUCCCUCCGCAACAGGAAUUCCGCCCUCCAUCCAGCGCCUCGUCGACCUCCAAAAAGAACACGACCUCGCCAUCCGACACGAAAAAGAGCGCCACGAACACAUCCGCACUCUAGAAGAAACGUCCCACCGUGACGCCAUGCGUAGGAAGAAGGAAGCCCAAGACCUCGCCCUGUCGACCCAAUCCGCCGCGCACGACCACGCCCAGGCCCUCGAGCAAGCAACCCACGACGCCGCGCUGCGCCGCGUCCACGAUGCAGAACGCAUGAAGCGCGGCGAGAAGGUUGCGUGGCACAACCUGAUCAUGGAACAGGAGCACGAUGCAAGCGUGCGGCGACUUGCUAUGAAGGAGCGCGAUGCGGGCGUGGAGAGCCGCGCGAUUGAGAACAGGAAAGCCGAGCUGGAGCACCGCGCGGGCGUGGAGCGGAGGUUGCUCAAGGAAAAGGAGGAGGUGUAUGAGAGGAAUGUCAAGAGGCAGGCGGAGGUGGUGCGGCAGGCGGAUGAGAGUGCCAAGUUGCAUGCGCGGUUGAGGUUGGAUCGGCCGGCAAUUGAGGGGGCGCAAUGGGGGACUGUGGAUUGA